UCAAAACUCAAUCAGCAAGGCUUGAAGUUCUCAACCAAAAACCAUCGUUCUCUAUCUCGAAGAAAUUUCUCUCAAUUCUCACUUUGGACACAGAAAAAUGUCAGAUUCCUCAGUUGCAGCUCGUGGUCGUUUGGCAGUGCUCUCCGCUCAUCUGGCGGCGGCUGCUUCUCUUGUCUGCUCCGACGAACCUUAUUCCGCCGUCCUCGAGCCAUACUUCGUCUCAUCUCAGACCAUGGUCCCAUCUCUCCCUAACCUUAAGGGCGCCUUAACCGUCGUCGACGAUCGCACAGGCAAAAGUUACCAGAUUAAGGUCUCCCCUGAAGGCACCGUGAAGGCCACUGAUCUAAAAAAGAUCACUACAGGAAAGAAUGACAAGGGGCUCAAACUUUAUGAUCCAGGCUACCUCAACACAGCUCCUGUACGUUCGUCCAUUUGUUACAUUGAUGGGGAUGAGGGCAUCCUCAGAUAUAGAGGCUACCCAAUUGAAGAGCUGGCCGAGAGUAGUACCUAUUUGGAAGUUGCCUACCUUUUGAUGUAUGGAAAUUUGCCAUCAGCGAGUCAGUUAGCAGACUGGGAAUUUGCUGUUUCUCAGCAUUCAGCUGUGCCACAAGGAGUUCUGGAUAUCAUACAAUCAAUGCCACAUGAUGCACAUCCAAUGGGUGUACUUGUCAGUGCAAUGAGUGCUCUUUCUGUCUUUCAUCCAGAUGCCAACCCUGCUCUAAGAGGCCAGGAUCUUUACCAGUCAAAACAAGUGAGAGAGAAGCAAAUUGUACGCAUUUUUGGAAAGGCGCCAACCAUUGCCGCAGCAGCUUAUUUAAGAAUGGCUGGAAGACCUGCAGUUCUUCCUUCCAAUAACCUUUCUUAUGCGGAGAACUUUCUCUACAUGCUAGAUUCAUUGGGCAAUAGGUCUUAUAAACCUAAUCCUCGGCUGGCUCGAGUUUUAGAUGUUCUCUUCAUACUGCAUGCGGAACAUGAAAUGAACUGCUCUACAGCUGCCGCCCGGCAUCUUGCAUCAAGUGGUGUUGAUGUGUACACUGCCCUUGCUGGAGCGGUCGGAGCUCUGUACGGUCCUCUUCAUGGUGGAGCAAAUGAGGCUGUGCUUAAGAUGCUGAGUGAAAUUGGAUCGAUUGAAAAUAUUCCAGACUUCAUUGAGGGUGUGAAAAACAGGAAGCGAAAGAUGUCAGGUUUUGGCCAUCGAGUGUACAAAAACUAUGAUCCAAGAGCAAAGGUCAUAAGGAAACUUGCAGAGGAAGUAUUUUCUAUUGUUGGCCGUGAUCCUCUUAUUGAGGUGGCCGUUGCUUUGGAGAAGGCUGCACUAUCUGAUGAGUAUUUUAUUAAAAGGAAGCUAUAUCCAAAUGUCGAUUUUUACUCUGGUUUGAUAUAUAGGGCAAUGGGUUUCCCAACAGAGUUCUUUCCUGUUUUAUUUGCGAUUCCUCGAAUGGCUGGGUACUUGGCACACUGGUGUGAAUCUUUGGAUGAUCCUGAUACAAAGAUAAUGAGACCACAGCAGGUUUAUACUGGAGUGUGGCUGCAACAUUAUAUGCCGCUCAAGGAACGGAUGGCAUCAACAGAUGCGGAUAGGCGUGGUCAGGUGUCCAUUUCAAAUGCCAGUAGGAGGCGUCUGUCUGGAUCUGGGGCGUAGGAUUCAUAAUUAUUCUAUUAGAGGAGGGGGGAAAGAGAAAUAAAUGAUGAUUAUAUCAAAUAAGAAAUAGGCACACAACAUUGUAUGUUGCCUGCUUGGAAUGUUUUCAGCUGUAGCAGUUCCAUUACAUUCGCUUUUAGAUAAGUUGCUGCACAAUUGACAGCACUAUUUGCGACUCUGGUGCUUUCUUGGGAUGUUGAGUUUUAUUUGCAGUAGUUAGUCCAUAUUCAAUACAACUUUCUUUGUAAUCCAUACCGUGUACUUUCCCUAACGAUCAUAAAUUGUUAUAAUAAUAAAAUUUGUGAAAAAAA